AUGAGAAUAUUGGUUAUUGUGGUAUUAGCCCUCACAGUGAUGGCAGCCCAAAAAAAGAAGAAAGUCACACCAAACUUAAUUCAUAUGGACAACAAGGCAUAUUAAAAAUCACACGCAAAAAUUGAAUAUGAUGUUGAUUCAUUUACUAGUCCCAGAACUUAGUAACUCAAGACAGCCUAGAAAAAAUAAGACAGCAGCUUAAAAAGAGCCAUCCUACACAGCCAAUAGACCACUGGAUUUGUCCAAAUUUAAUAGGAAACAGAUCAAUUCAUCCUCAUGAACCAAGAUGAAGAUCUCUCUUCCGAAUUAAUGACUGAGUAACAAAUCCAAUAAGCUUUAUUAACAGCCGAAGACUUUAACAAUGUCCCCAACAUUGAGAUGCAAGCUGAAUCAAACUACUAAGCUCCAGAUGUAGCUCAAGAUGAUGUCAAUGAAUCCUAUUAUAUUCCAGUUGUCACCGAAGGAGAUGGCACAUUAGAGGAAGUUCAGAACUCUGAUGAAGAGCCCCAAUAAAACCCAGAUAUCGAGAUGCCUUCCUUGGAUGAAGCUUCAUCAUCGUUCCUUCAAUGAGAAAUUUAAUAUCCAACAUGUUUAGACAUUCAAGAUAUAUAAUCAUUAUUUUUAUACAAAUUUUAUAUUCUUUCUUGAUUAA